AUGAAGACCUUCAUCUUCCUUGCUCUCCUGGGAGCUGCUGUGGCUUUCCCCAUUGAUGACGAUGACAAGAUCGUUGGGGGCUACACCUGUCCGAGGAACUCUGUCCCCUACCAGGUGUCCCUGAACUCGGGCUACCACUUCUGUGGCGGCUCCCUCAUCAAUUCCCAGUGGGUGGUGUCUGCGGCUCACUGCUACAAGUCCCGAAUCCAGGUGCGUCUGGGAGAACACAACAUUGCAGUCUCUGAGGGCAGUGAACAAUUCAUCAAUUCGGCCAAGGUCAUCCGCCACCCGAGAUACAAUGCAAACACUAUUGAUAAUGACAUCAUGCUGAUUAAAUUGAGCUCACCUGCCACCCUCAACUCUCGAGUGUCUGCUAUCUCUCUGCCAAGAUCUUGUGCACCUUCUGGUUCCCAGUGCCUCAUCUCUGGCUGGGGAAAUGUCCAGAGCUUUGGGGAAAAUUAUCCCGAUGUCCUGCAGUGUCUGAAAGCUCCCAUACUAACUGACAGUGCUUGCCGUAAAGCCUACCCAGGCCAGAUCACCAGCAACAUGAUCUGUCUAGGCUUCCUGGAAGGCGGAAAGGACUCUUGCCAGGGUGACUCUGGUGGCCCUGUGGUCUGCAACAACCAGCUCCAGGGCAUUGUCUCCUGGGGUGCCGGCUGCGCUCAAAGAGGUAAACCCGGUGUCUACACCAAGGUCUGCAACUACGUGAGCUGGAUUCAGCAGACCAUCGCUGCCAACUAA